GUUGGAGAACGUUACAAGAGAUCGUUUCUGAUGCUUUGUUGCUAAGUUGCUGUAAGCAAGAAAAGUUUGAUGAUUCCCAUUACAGUUCGCCUGUUGAACUAAAUGAUCAAUAUGUGUGCCCCCAUGUAUUGCAAAAUGGCUCUGAAUUUGAAGACGUUGGCAAUGGCUCUAUAGCAUUGUUCAAUACAAGUUUAACAUUAAAUAAAGGGCAAUAUUGGAAUGGUCCCAAAGGUUUUAUUAAGAUCUGUGUAGAUACGCUUAAUGACAAGUGGCAGUUUUAUUUACACCAGAGUAACACUGAAUCACCUUCGGAUGAAUAUCUCAACAUAAACAACACAAAACUGGAAUCUUCCCGUGCUGAUUUUGAACACAUGUUCUCCAUUUUCCAAUUAACUAUUCUUGUCGUAUCAUUACUUCCGUUAUUUCUAACAUUUCUAACAUAUUGCAUCUUCCCUGUUCUGCGGACAUUGCCUGCACAAAACAACAUGGCGCUCGUCGUCUGUUUGUUUCUGGCACAACUGUUGUUGGUGAUCGGAAGCUAUCUGACGACAGACACUAUUAUUUGUAAAAUAUUUGGCGUACUUAUUCAUUAUUCGUGGCUUUGUGUUGUCUUUUGGAUGAAUGUCUGCUCAUUUCAUAUGUUUUCGGUGUUUAGGGCACCAAAGGCUAGAAGCUCACGUUCUCCUAAACGAAUGAUAAAAUACGUGUUGUACACUAAUGGCCUAUCCUUGCUUAUAGUUGUUAUGGUGAUUGCCUUGUCUUUAGUUUUUUACGGUACUAUUGGUUACGGCAGAAGGCAAUGUUACUUAGAUAAAACACUUUUAGUAGGCGUGGCCUUUAUCUUGCCCCUGUCUUUAGUUAUUGUCUGCAACCUAAUUUUCCUAUCACUAACAAUAUUCUCGAUCAACAAGACCUCUAAAAUGGCGAGUCUUGCUGGAAAAGAUCGGCAUCAUGCUAAGGUCUAUAUCAAACUAUCAACCGUAACCGGUAUCUUCUGGACAGUCGAUAUCCUCUCGAACUUUUUCUGGCGUGAUCCUUUGAGGAUCAUAUCCACUAUCUUGAACUACAGUCAAGGUAUUUUUAUUUUUCUGUCUUUUAUGGCAAAUAGACUAAUUGUCAAAUUAUGGCUGGGUCUGUUUAUAAAAGAAACCCAUAAAUAUGUGCCUGCGACACCAAAUGUUAGCAAUAGCCCGAAAUCUGUAACAACCACACAACUAUCCUGCGAUGACAAUAAAAAUUAAAGUGAUCCAACUUAAAGGUGCAUUAUGUAAGAUUUAGAUAAUAGUUUAAAAAUAGAUAAUGAAAAGUGAAUAUAUUGAAAAUUUCAGUCAAAUUACUUAAUUCGGGAAAAUAGCGAAGUCUCGAUUGUCAUUGCUACAGUUGUACGAUAGUAAACAAGUCUUGAUUAUCCAUUUUUUUUAAUAAGUUAUUAAACGACUAACUUUUUUCAAUCCACUGAAAAUCGCGAGCAUCCGAUGUUCUAGAGAGUUGACUGUGGUCUUGUCAUGUUAAUAAAUGUCUUAUUAAUAAUUUAUAUAAACAUUUGAGGACAAAAGAAAGACCUGCAAUAAGCAGAUUUAGCUCUUACAUAAUGCAUAUUUAAUUCAGCAUUGACUUUCAAUGACAUUUAUAUAUAUUAAACCGUUCCUAAAUUUAUAUGCCGUAAAUAAGAAUGAAGCCAUAACGUUUGGUAACCAAGGAUAAA